AUGCUCAACUUCAAACUCACAAAGCACCCCACUGGUCGCAUACCGCCUUAUGUUCACGCUCGCAAAGCACCCCCACAGGUCGCAUACCACCUUAUGCUCAAGCUCGCAAAGCACCCCCACUGGUCGCAUACCUCUCUAUGUUCAAGCUCGCAAAGCACCCCUACAGGUCACAUACCACCUUAUGCCCAAGCUCACAAAGCACCCCUACAGGUCACAUACCACCUUAUGCCCAAGCUCACAAAGCACCCCACUGGUCGCAUACCGCCUUAUGCUCAAGCUCUCAAAGCACCCCCACUGGCCGCAUACCACCUUAUGCUCACGCUCACAAAGCACCCCCACUGGCCGCAUACCUCCUUAUGCUCACGUUCGCAAAGCACCCCCACAAGUAAGCACCCCGCCGAACCUUAUGCCUUAUGCUCAACUUCAAACUCACAAAGCACCCCACUGGUCGCAUACCGCCUUAUGCUCACGCUCGCAAAGCACCCACUGGCCGCAUACCACCUUAUGCUCACGCUCACAAAGCGCCCUCACUGGCCGCAUACCGCCUUAUGCUCAAGCUCUCAAAGCACCCCCACUGGUCGCAUACCGCCUUAUGCUCACUCUCAGAAGCACCAAACCACUGUCUUUAUUCGGAACCUCACUGGUCGCAUACCUCCUUAUGCUCAAGCUCGCAAAGCCACCCAACUGGUCGCAUACCGCCUUAUGCUCACGCUCACAAGCACCAAACCACUGUCUUGCCUCAGAACCUCACCGGCCGCAUACCACCUUAUGCUCAAGCCCACAACGCACCCCACCACUGUUUUGACCCAGAUACCCAUUAUGCUUUUUAUAUAUGUGACUCAUACAUAA